UCUCCUCCCGCCCCUCUGUGGAGUGAGGCGAGAGCCCCGCACAGAGCGAGAGAGAGAGAGAGACAGAAGCUGAGCUUCGGGCGCUGCCGCCGCCGCCGGGGAGAGCGUGAGAGCGAGUGAACGAGCGAGCAUCCGAGAGACCCGGCACCCGUGCACUGGCCGCCGCCGAGACCUUCGCCGCAGCCCGGGCCAUCGGGAGCCGCGGCCGCCGUCGGCUCCCCCCCUUACCUUCCCCGCCGGCAGCGGCUGCUGCACACGCCGAAGCCGGAGCCCCAGCCAGAGCCGGAGCCGGAGCCCGAACCGGAGCCCGCGGCCGGGGGGCAGGGAGGCGGCUGCCGCGCGUCCGGACUCGUAGCUGCUCAGCCGGGAGAGGACGCCCGCGAGGGGCUGGGCUUUCUGCCUCGUCCCGGACUGUGGGACGAAGGACCCCCCGAGGUGUAGGGAGGGGGUCCCGGCCGCCGCGACACAUGCGGGAGCCGGGAGCGGGGGCGGCGCCGAUCCGAGCCCGCCGGGUCCCCAGCCUUGCCGCUGUCCACACCGGCCGCCCGGGGCCGUAGCAUCCCAUAGCGGAGUGUAUGAACCGGGGCCCCCAGCCCAGGAGACACCUCCGGGCCGGGGGGGCGGGGACCCCGAUGUGAAACGGUCGCGACGGCGUGGUGAGCGGCCCCGGCGCCGCUGUCCUCUCCUUCCCCUCCCCUCCCCUCCACCCCCUCUGGGGGGGCUUCUCCUUGGGCCUGCCGCCGCACCCGGGCUCCUCGGCGGGACUCCAGGAGUUCUCGGCGCCCCCUCCCCGCCCCAGCCCCCCAGGGCGGCGGGGCCGGGGGGGACCUGGGGGGCCGGCUGCAGCCUCCGCCCAGAGGAAACUUUACCCAAACAAAAUCUUCGAGCUUUCUGAUCGUGACUGUCCCGGGACAAGUGGCCCAGGACGGGCUGAAGCCACCACAGCCUGCAGGGACCCAGGAAGAGAAAAAGCGGUGAGCGAGCGGGGCUGCCGCCGCCGCCUCUAUCCCAGCAGCGCGGAAGAGACCCGGGUAGCUGCUUGGUGGAGCGACGCUAGCACCGCUUCUUCCUCAGUUCCGCGCCUAGCCAGCCUUCCGCAGCUGCCUGCCUCAGCCCAAAGGAGGAAGGGAGCCAGCCACAUUGUCAGCGCCACCGCUCGACUCUGAAGCGAAAUCUCAGCUAUCAACGAGACUUUUAAAAGGCUCUCUAAAUAUUUGGUACGAGAAUUUCUUCUCUUUAUAUCUUUUGUGAUCCCUCUACACAUUGUGUCUAGACAAUCAGAACGAAAACUUCUGUUUGAAGUUGCCUCUAAUUAAGAAUUUGAAUGUGAAAACCUUUGCAUCUUCUGAUAGUCUAGCCAAGGUCCAAGAAGUAGCAAGCUGGCUUUUGGAAAUGAAUCAGGAACUGCUCUCUGUGGGCAGCAAAAGACGACGAACUGGAGGCUCUCUGAGAGGGAAUGCUUCCUCAAGCCAGGCUGAUGAGGAACAGAUGAACCGCGUGGUUGAAGAGGAUCCACAGCAGCAAUCGAGACAUCCUGAGGAGGAGCACACUGCGCGGAAUGGUGAACUUGUGGGUGCAGACCCUAGGCCUGGAGACCAGAACGAUUCCCAGCAAGGACAAGUGGAGGAAAAUAAUAACCGCUUUAUUUCAGUAGAUGAGGACUCUUCGGGAAACCAGGAAGAGCAAGAGGAAGAGGAAGAGCAUGCUGGGGAACAGGAGGAGGAGGAGGAGGAGGAGGAAGAGGAGGAGGAGAUGGACCAGGAGAGUGAUGAUUUUGAUCCGUCUGAUGACAGUAGCAGAGAAGAUGAACAUACGCACAAUAGCAAUGUCACAAACUGCAGUAGUGUCUCGGACCUGCCCGUUCACCAGCUCUCCUCUCCAUUCUAUACAAAGACAACAAAAAUGAAAAGAAAGUUGGACCAUGGUUCUGAGGUUCGUUCCUUUUCUUUGGGAAAGAAGCCAUGCAAAGUCUCAGAUUAUACCAGUACCACUGGCCUUGUACCAUGUUCAGCAACACCAACAACUUUUGGGGACCUGAGAGCAGCCAAUGGGCAAGGGCAGCAGCGGCGGAGGAUUACAUCUGUCCAACCACCCACAGGCCUUCAAGAGUGGCUGAAAAUGUUUCAGAGCUGGAGCGGACCAGAGAAGUUGCUGGCUUUAGAUGAGCUCAUUGACAGCUGUGAACCAACACAAGUGAAGCAUAUGAUGCAAGUGAUAGAGCCCCAGUUCCAGCGAGACUUCAUCUCCUUGCUUCCUAAAGAGUUGGCACUCUAUGUGCUUUCAUUCCUGGAACCCAAAGACCUGCUGCAAGCGGCUCAGACUUGUCGAUACUGGAGAAUUUUGGCUGAGGAUAACCUUCUCUGGAGAGAGAAAUGUAAAGAAGAGGGGAUUGAUGAACCGUUGCACAUCAAGAGAAGAAAAAUAAUAAAACCAGGUUUCAUACACAGCCCAUGGAAGAGUGCGUAUAUCAGACAGCACAGAAUUGAUACAAACUGGAGACGAGGAGAACUCAAAUCUCCUAAGGUGCUGAAAGGGCACGAUGACCAUGUGAUCACAUGCCUACAGUUUUGUGGCAACCGCAUAGUUAGUGGUUCUGAUGACAACACUUUAAAAGUUUGGUCAGCGGUCACGGGCAAGUGUCUGAGAACGUUAGUGGGACAUACAGGUGGAGUGUGGUCAUCACAGAUGAGAGACAAUAUCAUCAUCAGUGGAUCGACUGACCGGACUCUCAAAGUGUGGAAUGCUGAGACUGGAGAGUGUAUACAUACUUUAUAUGGGCACACUUCUACUGUACGGUGUAUGCAUCUCCAUGAAAAAAGGGUUGUGAGCGGUUCUCGAGAUGCCACUCUCAGGGUUUGGGAUAUUGAGACCGGCCAGUGUUUACACGUCCUGAUGGGUCACGUAGCAGCGGUCCGCUGCGUUCAGUAUGAUGGCAGGAGGGUUGUUAGUGGAGCAUAUGAUUUUAUGGUGAAGGUGUGGGAUCCAGAGACUGAGACCUGUCUACACACGUUACAGGGACACACUAAUAGAGUCUAUUCAUUACAGUUUGACGGCAUCCAUGUGGUGAGUGGAUCUCUUGAUACAUCAAUCCGCGUCUGGGAUGUGGAGACAGGGAAUUGUAUUCACACGCUAACAGGACACCAGUCAUUAACAAGUGGAAUGGAACUCAAAGACAAUAUUCUUGUCUCUGGGAAUGCAGAUUCUACAGUUAAGAUCUGGGAUAUCAAAACAGGACAGUGUUUACAAACAUUGCAAGGUCCCAGCAAGCAUCAGAGCGCUGUGACCUGCUUACAGUUCAACAAGAACUUCGUAAUUACCAGCUCAGACGACGGAACGGUCAAACUCUGGGACUUGAAAACGGGUGAAUUUAUCCGAAACCUCGUCACAUUGGAGAGUGGGGGGAGCGGGGGAGUUGUGUGGCGGAUCAGGGCCUCAAACACAAAGCUGGUGUGUGCAGUCGGGAGUCGGAAUGGAACUGAGGAAACCAAGCUCCUGGUGCUGGACUUUGAUGUGGACAUGAAAUGAAAAGCAGACAUGAUGAAUUUUGUCCAACUGUGUAGACAAUAUACUCCCUACCCUUCCCCCUGCGCAAAAAACAAAAACAAACAAAAAAAUGAAAAAAAAAAACCAGAAAAAAAAAGAGAAAAAAGAAAAGGAAAAAAAUCCCUUGUACUCAGUGGUGCAGGAUGUUGGCUUGGGACAACAGACUGAAAAGACCUACAGACUAAGAAGGUAAGAAGAGACAAGAGACCGUAACUGACAGGAGGCGGCAGCUGUCGCAUCUCGAAAAGGCCUCACUUGUGACUGAGGGGCAGCUUGGCAAGACGACUCUCUAAAUCCAACCAGGUGCAAUUAUUCUUUGUUUUCUUCUCCAGUGGUCAUUGGGCAGAGCUACAUCAGCGUUGUUACCGUCACCUAGAAAGGAGUGGCAGUAAUAUCCAAACACGGGCUGCUUAUCUUCUAAUCAGAGAGCAUCUGCAACAAAACAUCAUUUUUCUGAAGUGGAAAAGCUUAAAACAAUUACUGUGAAUUGUUUUUGUACAGUUAUCAUGAAGCUUUCUUUUUUCUCUUUUUUCUGUUUCUUUUCUUUUUUUUUGCCAACCAUUGCCAAUGUCAAUCAAUCACAGUAUUAGCCUCUGUUAAUCUCUUUACUGUUGCUUCUAUAUACACUCUUCAAUGCAUAUGUUGCUCAAAGGUGGCAAGUUGUCCUGGGUUGGUGAGUCCUGAGAUGGAUAUAAUUCUUGAUGCUGGUGCUAGAAGUAGGUCUUCAAAUCCGGGGUCGUUGUCCCACCCCUGUACUGUACUCCCAGUGGCCAAACUUAUUUAUGCUGCUAAAUGAAAGAAAGAAAAAGCAAAUUAUUUUUUUUUUAUUUUUUUUCUGCUGUGACGUUUUAGUCCCAGACUGAAUUCCAAAUUUGCUCUAGUUUGGUUACAGAAAAAAAGACUUUUUUGCCACUGAAACUUGAGCCAUCUGUGCCUCUAAGAGGCUGAGAAUGGAAAAGUUUCAGAUAAUAAAGAGUGAAGUUUGCCUGCAAAUAAAGAAUUGAGAGUGUGUGCAAAGCUUAUUUUCUUUUAUCUGGGCAAAAAUUAAAACACAUUCCUUGGGACAGAGCCUGAGGUGCCUGUUCUGUGGAGAAACUUCUUUUUGAGGGCUGUGGUGAAUGGAAGAAAAUACAUAGUAAAACUGACAAGAUAUUUUAAAGAUAUAUAAAACACAAAGGAAAAGGAAGUUGCUGGUCAGUCGUAGCAUCUUACAGUAUUGGGGAAAACAACUGUUACAGUUUCAUUGCUCUGAGUGACUGACGUGAGAGGAAUUCGCUCUGCAGUGACACUCUGUCACUCGCCUACCAGCUCGAUGAGCGAGCGGGAGUCAGAUGGUCCGCCUCAUUCACCAGGAGCCGUAACUCAAGCUGAACUGUGAAAGUGGUUAACACUGUAUCCUAGGCCGUCUUUUUUUUCCUCCUCCUGUUUAUUUUUUGUUUGUUUUAUUUAUAGUCUGAUUUAAAACAAUCAGAUUCAAGUUGGUUAAUUUUAGUUAUGUAACAACCUGACGUGAUGGAGGAAAACAACCUGUAAAGGGAUUGUGUCUAUGGUUUGAUUCACUUAGAAAUUUUAUUUUCUUAUAACUUAAGUGCAAUAAAAUGUGUUUUUUCAUGUUA